UUAUCCAAUUUGUUCAAGAUGAUCAGCUCCAGAAAACGAAACCUGGAAGAAACUAAAACGGAAGAGCAGAAAAAACGAAGGCAGGACACAGAUGCAGUAAUCCAGCAGCAGAAACUUCAUGGCCUGAAAAAUCAAGGAGCCACAUGUUAUCUCAACAGUGUCCUACAAGUUCUGCUCAUGACACCUGAGAUUCAUGACAGGUUAGAUCCAGAAUCACAAAAAAUAGACCAAGGGCUGAGAAACAUCUUUGAACGUCUGAAGAAAAGAACAUGUGGAACAAAAAAGAUAACAAAGACUUUGGAGAUCCAUAAUGUUUCUCAGCAGCGUGAUGCUGCUGACUGCCUAGAUCUGAUUUUAAGCAAGGUCAGCCCACCGGUCUCUGAGCUUUUUGAGGGUCAGCUGAUGUACACAACACAGUGCUCUGAAGGCCACGUCAUCAAUGAAGAGACAAAUCCUUUCUGGACUCUUCCACUGUCACUCAGAGACAACCCUGAUGAAACAUACAGUGUGGAAGAAGGAUUUGAAAAGGUUUUCCAAAUUGUGUCAUACAGUGGAGACAGCAUGGUGUACUGUCAAGAAUGUGAGAAGAAAACAGGGGCAACCAGCGGAUGUGAGAUGGUGAAGUUUCCUCGCAUCUUAAUUCUACUCCUCAAAAGAUUUGACUUUGACUACAACACCAUGUCAGAUUUUAAAUCAGACUGCUGUGUUGCUGUGCCAUCUGAAUUAAAAACAAAGGACAAGAAGUACAAAGUAUAUGGGAUAGUGAAUCACAUGGGCAGUCUAAGAGGUGGACAUUACACAGCCACUGUGCUGUCCAAAGAGGACCACACCUGGUAUGAGUGCGAUGACAGCCACGUGACACAGUCUGAAGAGCAGCUGUUUGCAAAAACCAGGGCAUACAAUUCCAGAACCGCAUAUCUGCUCAUGUACAGAGCCUUGGAGAGAGAGCCAGAGGAGGUGAAAGAACAACAGGGGAGCAGGAGAAGAGUGGGAAAAAAGGAUGAACCAGAGGAAAGGAUAAUGGAUGAAUACAUAAAGAAAUCAGCAGGGAAAAUUCACAAGGAUGCUCCGCAACCUGGCAAGAGUUCAGACAUAAAGAGGAACUGUAUUUUGAUUGCUCUCGUCAUUGUUGGUUUUGCCUUUAUUGUAAUACUAUACAAAUCACAAGUCUCAGCAUAAAUUUAUGGAGUGGGGGAAAGACUCACAAGAAAACACUAUGCAUAGAUUUAGAAAUGCCAGCCUGUUAUAGAAGCGGUUUUGCCAAAUUUUAAGAUUUUUACAGAUAUUAAACAGACAGUUAUGGUCAGUGUUAUGAAUGGAACCAUGUCAAAACCAUGGAAUUAAUCAUGGGACAAAAUCAAAUGAUUUCAUGAUGUGUAGCUGAAUUUCAAUCAAUAUAU